CGGCCGGCGCCAUCUUGGAGAGCGAGAGGCCUCCUCUGGGAGCGGGCGGUUCUGGCGGCCCGUUUCCGACUGCGACGCCCAAACCGGCCUGGCAUUUUGUGUGGUUGUCGCCGCGAGGCUGAAGCCGCGAGAGUCGCUGCUGCUUCGUUAGGCUGAGGGGAGAGGAAAGGAAGGGGUGGGGGUGGGCGCAGGUAGCGAGACCCGGAUGUAAGUAGGACCCCGGGGUCGAAGCCCGCGUGUGAAGUGGAUAGCCCGACCGAAGGCGUAGGGCGAGGCUAGGGCAGUCCCAGCGGGAGGUUGGCCCUGAAGGGAGCGUAGCCAGGAGCUUCUUGGGCUAGGGGGUUGAGUGGGGAAACAAGGUAGGGGUGCAUAGGGGUGGUUGGUUGGUUGUGGGGGGCCCCUUAGCUGAGAGGGUUACCCGGAAAACUUAGGAGGGUGCUCAGACCUUGGCUUGUCUAGAAAGAGGAAUUGUGUUGCAAUAAAGGGCGUUGGCUGUAGCAUAGCAAAAAAAAGGGGAAGGGGUCGCAAAGACUAAAAAGGUUCUGGGAUGGGGGGGAAGAGCAGGGGUGUGUAGCUACCCUCGUGCGGGUUCCUUUUCUUGGAGUCAAGAGGGAAAACUAGCGUUGCCUGUGCUGUUGAGGAUUCCUGGGCCUCCGAGGUCCUGAAAAGGGGCAUUCCUACAAGUUGGCACUGCGUUCCUGCAGAGAGGGUGAUGUGCGUCUUGCCCUGUUAACUUCCUUUGUUUGAGCUCUUGCCUGUGGAAGAGGACAGGAGGGAAGUCGUGCCGAGGGCUGCCCCUCAGAGCCCCUCCCGGCAUCGGUGCUGCAGUCGCCUGAUAUUGACAGUUUGCUCUUUCGGGAUGGCUACCAAUAUAGGUGACCAGCGCGCCUCGGAAUGGGCUCCCCAGUACAACCUGGGUAACGGGAGCGCCAGGGAGAACGGCAUGGAAGGCCCAAUGCACGAGAACCCUGAAUGGGAGAAAGCCCGCCAAGCGCUGGCAAGCAUUAGCAAGGCCAGUGCUGCUGCUUCUGGCAAUAGUAAAAAUGCCACUAGUGGGCUGGCUAAUGCACAGUAUGCAGCCCAGCAAGGUGAAUCCCUGCAGCAGCAGCAGCAGCAGCAGCAGCAAUACUACCAGUGGUAUCAGCAGCAGUACAGCAGCUACCUCUACCCCUACAAUUACUACUACCCUAUGAAUGUCUACCCUGGAUACCACUCUCCUGGACAAUAUGGGGUCCCAGGCUCUUACUCUUCUACAGCACCCCAACAGCCCCCAGCUCCUGGACAACACCAAGGGAACAUGAACCAGCCUCCUGUCCCUGGCAUGGAAGAUGGAGGGAUGUCGUAUGCAAGCCAGCAGCAGCAGAUGUCAGUCCCCAACCCUCCACAGCCACCCAUGCAACAUGCCAGCCACCCCUCACAACAUGGCAAUCACCCCAUGGCCUCUGGAGGGCAGCAGCAGGGUGGGCCUUCUGGAGGGCCACACUCCCAACCAAACCAGUCAAGUGCCUCCUACAACCAGCAACAGCAUUCUUACCAGGAUGGGACUAAGCCCAAGAAAGGGCAGCAGCUGUGGAAUCGCAUGAAACAAGCACCUGGGUCUGGGGGCCUGAAAUUCAAUCUCCCUAAACGCCCCUUUGUGGUAACAAACCAGAACUUCAACCCCUCAGAGCAGCAGCAGCAGCAGCACAGCAACUUUGGCUCCCAGCAGAAUUCUGAGAAACGCCACAAUCACAGUUCUUCUGCAAGUAAGCCAGAAGACUGGCCACAGGACAUGAAAGAGUACGUUCAGCGCUGCUUCACAGCCUGCGAGUCAGAGGAGGACAAAGACCGCACCGAGAAGCUCCUCAAGGAAGUGCUGCAAGCCAGGUUACAGGACGGCACCGCCUAUACGAUCGACUGGAGCCGGGAGCCUCUUCCGGGGCUGGGCCGGGACAACAUGGCCGACAGCCCUAAGAAAAAACAGCAGCGCUGGGAGGUAUCCUCUCUUCACUCGCCUCGGCCUCCCAUACAGUCCAGCCUUUCCCAGCAGCAGCAACGAGGCAGUGGUGGUGGCAACUCUCAGCCCCAGCGAGGGGGAGGCAGUGGGGGAGCUGGGGCUGGCCGUGCACGUGGGAACGGCUUCCCAAACAAGUUUGGGAACCGCAACGUCUUCAUGAAGGACAACAGCUCAUCCUCAAGCGUUGACUCGCGCUCCAGGUCCAGGUCUUCAUCCCGGUCACCCAGCCGCCACUUUCGGAGGAGCGAUUCAGAUUCUGACAGUUCCUUCUCAGAAAAUGAGUGUCGGUUUGGAACCCGUAGAAAUACCCAGAGAAACCGGGGUCGUGGGGGCCACUUGGACAGAGGUCGGAUGAGAGUCCAGCGAGGGAAAAGGCAUGACCAGGGCCUUUCGAAGCGCAGCCGGAAACGCAAUGCCAUGGACUACGAAGAUCCCGAAAAGGAGUUUAAAAAGGAGCGGCGGGCAGCCCGUUUCCAGCAUGGAGGCCACUCAAAGAAGCUGCGCCUGGAGCCCCUCAUCCUGCAGAUCAACAGCUUGGAUACCACUGGCUCAGAUGGCCUCGACUGGAAUGAGCUGAAAAUUGUGGGCACCUGUCAGGAGAUCACCAAACAUUACCUUCGCCUUACUUGUGCGCCAGACCCAUCUACUGUCCGGCCUGUCCCGGUGCUUAAAAAAUCUUUGUCCAUGGUGAAAGCCCACUGGAAAGAGAAGCAAGAUUAUGCCUAUGCUUGUGAGCAGAUGAAAUCCAUCCGGCAAGACCUCACAGUUCAAGGAAUCCGUACAGAAUUUACUGUGGAAGUGUACGAAACCCAUGCCAGGAUAGCACUGGAAAAGGGUGACCACGAAGAGUUCAACCAAUGCCAGACACAGCUCAAGUCUCUCUAUUCAGAGAACCUUCCUGGAAAUGUUGGAGAAUUCACUGCUUACCGCAUCCUCUACUACAUUUUCACCAAAAAUUCAGGGGACAUCACCACAGAGCUGGCAUACUUGACAAAAGAGCUGAAAGCAGACCCCUGUGUGGCACAUGCACUUGCCUUGCGAGCAGCCUGGGCCCUCUCCAAUUACCACCGCUUCUUCUGCCUCUACCGUCAGGCACCCUGCAUGUCUGGUUACCUCAUUGACAAGUUUGCUGAGCGAGAGAGGAAAACGGCCCUCAAAGCCAUGAUCAAAACUUUUCGCCCGGUGCUUCUCGUCUCCUACGUUGUGUCAGAGCUGGCCUUCGAGAGCGAGGAGGAGUGCCAAGCCUUCCUCGCGGCUCUGUCCCUUGUGUAUACUAGCCCCGACGCCACCAAGAUUGACUGCAAGCAGAGCUUGGCGGUCCUGGCCAAUUUUUGAAAGUCUAAAAUCCACUUCCUUGCCCCACCCUGUUUUUAACAUGUACAUAUGUCUGUAUAUAUAACACCAGAUUCAUUGGGCUGCCGUGGGCAUGCCGGAGCCUAGCUCUGCCGCCUCUCCCGCUGUCCACACCACGCACGGAUAGAAGAGGGUAAGAUCCAUGGACCCUGGAUGGCACCUAGGACCAUCGGAUAUGGAGAAGAGCAGAGAGCUUGGUCCUAAUGAUUGGGGUUUUGGGGAUUGGGAAGGGUGUGGGGAAUAUUUUUGCAGCAAUGGCUCAUCAGUUUACAACCAUCUUUUUUUUCCUUCCCGUCCUGUUAAGAUGCAUGAGAAAUACGGCUGCAAAAGCCCCGUCCUUUGGUCAGGAAUUGCUGGGAGAAAGGUUGGGGGGAAGCACGGAGGUCUGUCAUUAAAUGGCUAGAUGUGCAUUUAAUUACUGCCUUUUCAUACAGUGUUGUGCCUGUACCCCUCACAAGUGUUCAGGAAACUAAGAGCAUUUCCUGCCCAGACUGCAGUGGGGACCCCUCUCUAAACUGCAAUGAUAACUUCCCAGAGGCAGAAUCUCAGCUAGAUUGCACUUGGCAGACCUCUUAGAAAUCAGCGGUACAGUGAGAGCAGAUAGCUCCUUUGUGUAUAUAUGUGGAAUAUGAUUUUGUACAGAAGCUACAAGUUGUAAAUAAUGUUUAGGACAAAAUGUUUUAAGGAGAAAAAUAUGGUUUUCUACUUUUUAUAAUGAGUUUAACAGAGGGUUUUCUCUGAAGAUUAAAAAUCCAGGUGGUUCUGUGUGCACUUUUGUCUUCUACAUUGUGCUCCUCGGGGGGGAAGAAAAACUAACGCUGUCUCAGUUUUUUCCUCUUCCGAGCUAUGACCUGGCUCCAAAAGAGCGCACGAGAGAUGCCACCUUUCCAGCCGAACAAAAAACCAGCCUGAGGGGGGAAAGCGAAGCCAAACCUGCCUUCACUCGUUUCCUACCAGUGCAGAGACUUUUUCCUAUGCAGCGGAGAAUGUAAUAGACUUUUUUGUCAUUAAAUCCCAUCUGGAAGUGGCACCGCAAAGCUGAGAGAAUCAAAUCAAGGCAAUAAGCAAAUAGUUGUGGAAUCAAAUCAGUACAACACAAGAAGAUUGCAACCUCCUCCAUUCCCUAUUGUGUUCUGGAGUUGUCAUGAUCAGUAUUUUAAUUUAUUUUUUCUCCCUCUGUCCUCAGUUCUUUACAGGUAAACUUAGAAAAAUGCACCACCCCAUUUUCACCAUCUUCCGUCACAUUGGUUGAGUUUUGUUUUAAACUUUUGGAAGAUUGUCUAGUUGUCUUUUUUCCUAUUUUUCUUUCCCCCCUUCUUCGCCCCAGUUUCUCUAGCUUCUCGUACCCCCCUACCCUUCUCUUCUCCCUUUGCUCUAACUCCUUUCGCUUUUUGUUUUUGAACAUGUGUAAUUUUGGGGGUGUUUUUUGGCUUGGGCUGGAUUUUUCAAAGAUUCCUUUUUCCUUUUCAGAAACCUUUUGAAUUUCUUCAUUUGAUUAAAAGCAAACUUUUAAAAAAUA